AUGGUGCGGCUGACCACUGACCUCAUCGCCAAGUGCCUCGGCCACAGGAACCGCAGGGAGGAGGACUUGGGACGGCACCUGCGAAAAAUAACUCAUCUGAAUCUAUCAGAUAGAAACCUAGAUGCAAUCGGUGACAUCUCGUUGUGCAGAAACCUUAGAGUUUUGUAUUUGUACGAUAACCAAAUCAGUCAAAUCCAGAACCUGGACUUUGCUUCACAUUUAACACACCUUUACCUGCAGAACAACCGCAUUUCGUGCAUAGAAAAUCUCUCAUCACUGAAAAACCUCGAAAAACUGUACCUGGGGGGCAACUCCAUCGCUGUAGUAGAGGGUCUGGAUCAAUUAAAAGAAAUAAGGGAGCUACAUAUUGAAAGUCAACACCUCCCUCUUGGCGAAAAGCUUCUCUUUGAUCCCAAAUCCCUCAGGUCCUUGGCAAAAUCUUUGUCUGUGUUGAAUAUUAGCAAUAACAACAUUGAUGAAUUGGAAGAACUGGCAGUUCUGGAAAAUCUUUCUCAUCUUAGAGCAGCUGACAAUCAACUUCAACAUACGAAGGAUUUGGAGGUUGUAUUGAACAAAUGGACUAAGCUGUGCAGCAUGGAUCUUACAGGAAACCCCAUCUGCCACAAACCGAAGUACAGGGACAGGAUUGUUGUACAGUCACCGACUUUAGAAUACCUUGAUGGGAAAGAAAUUAAAGAAAUUGAAAGAGUGUUCCUAAUGAAUUGGAAAGCCUCCAAAGGUGUCAGGAAAAAAAGCAAAGGACGAAUGACAAAUGAACAUGCAGAGUAUCUACAUUUUUCUGGCCUUGAAGCACCUCAUUCUAUUCUUCCUUUUAACUAUAGUCCAUCUCUGACAGAAAAAACAAAUAUUUUAAUUCUGUCUGAGAUGCACAAAGACAGAAGGAAUCCUCUGCCAGCAACUGUGGAAGAACAGAAAUCAGAGGAAAACUCAGAGCGACUUUUGUUAGAAUCACUCCCGAAGGAAGAAGGGAAACCCCCGCACUGCCGGCAGCCCGAUCCCAGCAGCGGCUGUCUGUGGGGCGGCACCACGCGCCACCGUGCGGAGCCGGGCAGCGCAGAAGCCGAGCAGCCGCAGGACGAGCCCGGAGGUGCCCACCAGACCCCAAUCUCCUGCCCCAAACCGCCCCUAACAGCUAGCGAUUAA